AUGACUACAAAUUUUCUUAGAUUAACAAACCCCAAGAGAGUAAAAUUAGUAUCAACUUGCGAUAUUUGUAAAGCUCGAAAGGUCAAAUGCGACAAAGAACGACCAGAAUGUGGUACUUGUAAAAGAACAAAUAGAAAAUGUAGUUACAAUUAUGCACAGUUAACGAAAUCGAUGCGAGAUAAACAGAAUGGCAUGAAAUCACAAAAUGACAAAAGUUACUUAGAUUCAUGUUUAGAAGAUAUACAAAAAGUGCAGUUUGGCCCAUUAUUUGAAGAAUCAGGUUAUUUAUCCAUGGUCUCAAGAGGAUUUGGUGUUGAUAUAAACGAAGGCCAAAAUAUUGUUGGAAUGUUGUCUACACCAACGAUUCCAUUGCAACAAAAUGAUGGACAAAAUUUCGCUAGCAUUUACGAUCCUACAUAUUAUCUAAAUUGUGCUGAUUUUGCUGCACUCACUAAACAGGUACCUCACCAAGAACAAUUUUUGGAAAUAUCACCUGAACAAAUGCCUCCAUUGGCUCCAUCAUCUCAACAGCAUCAAAAUAAUAGCGAUAAUAAAAAUAGCAACAUUACUAAUGUUGAUGCUUAUCAGAAUACAUCAUCCAAACCUGGUUAUGACAUGAUGGAAGAUUUAAUUUCUUCAAUCAAUAACAUAAAUCUUUACGAAUCAACCAGAUAUAUCGGUGAAGGUUCUUUGUUGAUGCUUGAUGAAGAUUAUAAUGGAGAAAUGAUUAUUCCUCAAACACAAGCACGUUUAUCUGAGGUUGACGAUUCAUUAAAGAUACUCCCUGACCCACAGACUGUUGAUGAAUUAAUAUCUUUAUAUUAUAAAAAUGUUCACCGUUACUUUCCUGUUUUACGAGAAAAGGUAGUCUAUGCUCUUCGAGAUCUUUCCAAAUCACAACAUUUGCUAUUGUUAAAUUGCAUUUUCUUCGCUGCAUCACCCUUUCAAGAAGAUCCCGAGAAGAGGGAUGGGAGGAUUUACUUUGAAAGAGCUGAAGGUAGUUAUUGUACACAACCUCAUGUUCUCACUGUGAUUGCUAUUAUUCUUAUGGGUCGUUAUAAUAAGCAGCCAGGAGCUGGUUGGAUGUAUAAUGGAAUUGCAACAAAAAUGGUAUUUGAACUUGGCUUACAUCGUAAACCAAAAAAUUUAAAAAUCAAAAUGGAAAAGGAUGUUGAGAUGUUGAGAAAUGAGGCAUUCUGGGUGACAUUUAUAUCUGAAAACUUUAUUUCGGCAACGUAUGGUCGACCAAAUAUGAUUGACGAAACAGAUUGUGAUGUUGAUGUGACAGUUUUACCACCCGAAGAUCAAAAUUUAUUUGAUGAAAAAACAAAACUUCGAAUAGCCUUUAUUCAUUUGAUAAAUCUUAGUCGGAUUUGUGCAAGAGUACGUAAAUAUGUGCAUGCAGCCUCCAGAUUGAAAUUUUUGAUACAAGAAGACGAAAAUAAAUUUAGAGUUCUUGAUGCUGCACUUGCUAGCUGGUUUCACAGUUUACCUGAUUGGCUGAAAUUUGAAGAAAUAUCAAAAGACCCAAAUGGAACUUUGUUAAAUGGAAUUGGAGAAACAUAUAACCAUAAUUCAUCAUAUUUGGCAAAUUCACCUGUGAUCUGCAUUCAAUCAGCAACUAUUAUUGUGCAUUGGUUGGAAAUCUUAUUAUCAAAACAUCCAAAUUUUUUUGCCUUUUCUAUGUCAGGUCCAUUUGCAAUUGAUCCGUCAAUGCGUGUAUUUUCUUGGCAUGCAAAACAUAAUGAAAAUGACAAGAAAUCAACAGAUAUGCUUCAAAGGCUUCAAUUUAUCAAAUCACAAGUUGAAAUAAUUUCCAGAGGGUAUGAUCGAGGAAGAAAAGAUGGUAGUAAUUCAAUAAUGUCAACUGAUAGAAUGAUUGGUGAUUGGUUAGGUAUUACUGUACAUCCACAUAAUGGAUUGAGAAAUGGUGAUGUAGAAAUUAGAGACUGGGAAGUAUUUGUUAGUGAUGAUGAUAAAAUUUUGAGAAAGCAAUACAGUAUGGUAGUAAAGAAACAGUCAGGAGGACCUUUUAUGCCUAAAAGACAUGGCUCAUUAAGUUAUUCAAGAGGAUCAAGACAUUACGGCUCAUCAAAGUAUGAUUACUUUGGUUCAAAUUUGCAAAGCACAGAUGAUCAAUUCAAUUUUACCUUUAAAAGUGAUGAAAAAAUCAAUUUUUGUGCAUUUCAACCACAACAAAAUCAACAAAUAAAUUGCAAUGAUGAUGAUAGGAUAGAUAGUUCAACUCUAUCGCCUUCAUUAUCACUGUUAACUCCACCAAUACAACCACAAGAUGUAUAUACAUCUUUGGGUGAUUUAAUAAUGCACAAUAAAAAUGAAGAAAAUAUAUAA